AUGAACGUGAACGACCUGGAGGUGGUGCUGGGAAUCCUCAAAUCCGCAGGGUUCAACGUGGCGCGCGCUGAUAGGCCGGAGGAGGCGCGGGUGAUUCUGGUGAACACGUGUGCGAUCAGGGAGAAUGCAGAGGCCAAGGUGGCAGUGCUGGGGUGCAUGGCAGAGCGGCUGAAGGAGCAGCUGGUGGCAGCGGAUAAGAUGGUGGACGUGGUGUGUGGGCCUGACGCUUAUAGAGACUUGCCACGGCUGUUGGACGAGGUAGAAGCGGGCCAACCGGGAGUCAACACACUCCUUUCUCUUGACGAAACCUAUGCUGACGUGUCACCCGUUCGGCUCGCCUCAAAUUCCGUCAGUGCGUUUGUGACUAUAAUGAGGGGGUGUGACAACAUGUGCUCCUACUGCAUCGUUCCUUUCACGAGGGGCAGGGAGCGGUCCCGGCCAAUCAGAAGCAUCCUUGGGGAGAUCGAGGAGCUCGCCGGGCAGGGCGUGAAGGAAAUUUAUCUUCUCGGGCAGAAUGUGAACAGCUACCGAGACACCUCAGAAAGCGAUACGGUUGAUUCAGUCACUGCCACUGUUUCUUCUUCUUCCCCCGCGUCCUCUUCCUCCUCCCAACCGCACUUAACCCCUGGCUUUUCCACAAUCUACAAACCCAAGCUGGGAGGGAUCCGAUUCGCCACCCUCCUAGACGAAGCUUCUCGGAACUUUCCGGACAUCCGCUUCCGCUUCACCUCCCCUCACCCCAAGGACUUCCCGGAGGAGCUUCUUUCGCUCAUGGCUGCCCGGGGCAACGUGUGCAAAAGUUUGCAUCUGCCCGCGCAGAGCGGCAGCAGCAGUGUGCUGGGGAGGAUGCGCAGGGGGUAUUCGAGGGAGGCGUAUCUGCAGCUGGUGGAUCGAGUGAGAAGCGUUGUGCCUGGUGCUGCCAUCAGUAGCGACUUCAUCACUGGCUUCUGUGGUGAAACAGAGGAGGACCACCAGCAAACCCUCUCUCUCAUGCGCGCAGUAGGUUACGACAUGGCCUACAUGUUUGCCUACUCGCUACGCCCACGCACGCACGCCCACCGGCGGCUGGAGGACGAUGUACCGGAGGAGGUGAAGCAGCGGCGGCUGAGUGAACUUGUGGCCACGUUCCGGGAGACCACAGCUGCCAGAUACUCGGCACAGGUAGGGACGAGGCAGGUAGUGCUGGUGGAGGGACCCAACAAGCGCUCUCCACACACAGAGCUGAUUGGGAAGACUGAUCUGGGCCACCGAGUCACCUUCCACAGCUCCCUCCACCAACAGUCCACAGCAGCGGACAGGAAACACCGAGGGUCUUCACUGGGAUUGGCGAGUGAGGGGGAUGAGGGUGGGGCUGGUAGGGGUUCAGCUGGUGGAGGGGUUGCUAGUGCAGGUGAUUAUGUGCUUGUGGAUAUUUGUGGCUCCACACAUGCGUCCCUUCGAGGGGUUUUGUUAGGGAAGUGUGACCUAUCAGGGAGGCUUAUUUGA